AUGGAUCCGACAAGUGCACUGGGUGCAGCUGCAGCAAGCGCACAAUUCCUUGGCUAUGGCGUCAAAGGUCUGAUCUACGCCGCUCGGCUUCUUCGUGACAUCAAGGGAGCACCCGAUGAUAGCCUACGGAUCGUUGCACGACUGGAAAAAGAGAUCGCGUCCAUGACAAGGCUGUUGUCUUCAGAUUCCUCAACAUUCUCUCAGUUCACGACAGCACAGUAUGUGCACAUUGCCCCUUGGGCCCUCGAGGCCAGGAAAGCAUUGGACGAGGCCAACAAAAUUUUGGCCCCGCUCUCAUCUCAGUUGGACGGAUUGAGAAAAGAAGAGGGCGCUGGAAAACGUCUGUUGCAGGCAUGGAAGUCGAUCUUGACGGUGAAGGCCAUGCGAGAGGUCAAGAAACAGCUGGACACGAUCCAAACGCUGAACGUUAGCCUCGUGCGCGAGUUGCAUGUAGCUGGCUUUGAAACACAAUAUCUUCUGCGGAUUUAUUCUGAUCCGAAAUCUUAUGGCAGUGAGCAAAGUGCCGAAGCUCUCGCCAAGGUCACUGAAAUCGCCACGGUGAACAAUGAGCUACAGCAAAGCAUAGGCAACCUAAGCAGCCAAUAUGACAAAACCAGCGAGAUGCUGAUGGCAUCCUCUGACUUAGUAGCGAGCGGUGUUGAGAUGCUAAAUCAAGCCAAUCAGGACCAUCAGGUUAUCAUGACACAAGCCAUCUCUUCUAUCGGCAAUGAGAUAUCCGCAGUCAGGAGGGGAAUGCAAACAGUCGAUGAGAACAGCAGAACUCUGAACCUGUCAAUGAAAAGUAUCGAGACAACUGUGAUCGAUCAAACCCUCCUCUUGGAAACACAACUGGAGAAUUUCAUUCGCAUACAGGGUGAUGAGAACCAGAGGGUCCUCGUCGUAGAGAUGAAGAAGAUGCUCGUCACUGAAUUGGUGGCUACAGUAAAUCAUUUCGCGAGAGAUAACCUGGUUUCCACCAAGCCCAAGGACUCUAUAUCCCAGCCGAGUGUUGUUGCCAAAAGCACAAAUUCCAGUCACACAACUAGGAGCUCUAGCUCUUUAAGAUGCUUGUGCAAGCGUGGUAAAAUAUCAACAAGCAAGAGAUACGGGCUAUUCAGAUUCAAGAUCGACCACCAGAGCAGCCAAUUAUGCCCGCUCCACGGAAAGAUCGCUCAGCAUAGUUAUUCGAUCGAAACCCGGCUGAGUCCGUGGCUCAACGGUGCUUUGGAACUGACCCUCGGUGCACUGUGUUCAAAUUCGUCUUGGUCUAUUUUGCCGUCUCUCAGAUUUCACGGAACUGUCAAAAGAUCAGAAAGUCCAAUCUAUCAGCUUUUUGAUAAUCUUUAUAAGAUCUUACCUUAUGACGGUGGCUCAGGAAUUAGAUUGUACAGGAGCAGACCAGAUUACAGGAGCAGACCAGAUUACAGGAGCAGACCAGAUGCCGGGGAACUCUUGUCCGAUUUGAUAUUUGGCAUCAAACAAGCCGUCACAUCAGGAUCAGCCUCGUGCAGCGAUGUGGAUGAAAACGGUAAAAGUCUACUGACGGAAACAGCCAAUCUGAUGGUAUUAAUGAAAAUUUCCGAAAUUUCUGGUGAAAUUUCCACAUUGUUGGAAAUGUCCCGGAAGGCCGAGCUCGAUCCAGCAGCGAGUAUGAGAGGCUACUUUGGGAACGGAUUCGACAUCAAAAUUUUUGAAUUUAUCUUUUUAUUCCGCUCGCACAUAUACAUUCUCAACACAUCAUUGUACAACACAAUUAUCCAGUAUGAGGAAAUGGCCGAAUCGUUUCAGACGCGUUAUCGCAAGGUCAAGGAUGGAGAGGGUAAGAUAUUGAUGCAAAAGUGGAUUACUGGGGAUCCUGAUUUCGCAGCAGCGGCGGGUCAUGGAGACCCCUUGCAACAGGCAGUCCUUCGGCGAUCGUUUGAUGGAUUAAAAGGGCAUUUCCGCAAUGAUAAAAAGUACGACGGCCAAUCUGAGGAUCAUGUCAGCCUGCUUGUCAUGGCAGUUGGCUGGCUAGAGGGACUUCAAUACUUGAUUGAGCACCAAAAUCACCUUGAUUUGGAAGCAGCAUUAUCAUAUGCUGCAUCGCAAAAUGCUGCAGAAUCUCUAGAGAUUAUUCUUUCCGCUAAUAGCACGAAGCUAUUCACUUUGGAACAUCUCUUACCGGGGGCUUAUCCUGGGCAUUUCUAUCCAGCACUUCUCCACACAUCUGUGAGCGACCUAUCUUCAUUUCGACGAGCAGUCGAAGAACUGCGGUAUCGAAACGACGAUUUCAGACACGCCUUGCUGGAUUUAUUCCGUGUUCCGCUGGAAUCGCCGCCGUCAAGGCAUAACAUAUGGGUGCGGGAUUUUACUUACAACAACUAUGAGUUCCAUGAUCUCCUCACGCAAAAGUUGCGGAACCCUGAAUGUCUCGAUGAGCUUGAUCCUUUCAUUUCAGCAUCUCUAUACUACGUGACAUUCGACAAUUUCUCCUCCAACCACAUGUAUUAUCAAGCCCUUUUCGACGCUGGCUUUGUGCAUACAGAUACUCUAUGUGGACGCAUCGGCACCCCCCUAGCUUGGCUCUGUCAACAAUCACAUGGAGUUUCAAUACUCGACAAUGUAGAGAAAUGGCACAAGGGAGUCUGGUGGUUUUUGUCGAAAGGGGCCAACCGCAGCUUCUGGUUUUGGAGAGGAAAAGAGACUGGAAUGGACUGGUCGCAUUUGCAGUUCUAUGUGGCUGCUACCAUGGAGCAUGGUUAUUAUUCUCCUCGCAAACUUUUGAGAUAUUGUGGGCAGGAAUACGUUCAGGAUGGUUGUUUCUGUCCUUGUUCUUCUGGGGGUUGCAUUCCACCAUUCAAAUUUUGGCGAGACUGCGAGGCGGUUGGGCAUGAGCAUUGUCGAGACCGGCUGAGUCGUCGCUGGACAGAUUUGACAGACUGGACAAAUUGGCUCAAUUACUCCGCAUCGCAAAAGGAACACACCUACCGCGAGGUAUGUCGGCUUGAAUUGUUCGAUCGCCUUGGUCUGAAGCAUCGCUGCUGCAUGGGUUCAUCAGAUAAUUAUCAAGAACGUGAGCUCUUUCGGCAAGAAGAUGCAAGGUCGGAAAAUCAACUGGAGCUAUUGAUGAGAUUCUAUAGAAGUGUUCGGCGACUUCUCCUCGAUCAGCCAGUAGAACGAUUCUGGUCAAUUUGGUGGGCCACAGUCGACGUUGUGGUUCUGCCAUUGCUACCUGUGGAAGCCUGCACAUGGCCGCAUUUUGCCUUGGGAGAGACGGAAGGUGGUUGGCCCACCGAUGAUGCUGUGGAAAGUUUCAAGAACAGAAUAGCGAUCGCCAGAGAGGAUCGGUGGGCUGAAUUGCUUGAAUCAAACGGCUACAAGGAUUGGGAUUAUGACGAUGUGAUCAAGGCCCAUUUCGCGCAAUUAUUGCAGAGAGCAAAAGAGCACAAACAAAGGAAACAAUCAUGGAAGCGGCAUCGCCUGGUGCUGAAACCGAGAUUCGUCGGCCGGAAACAUCGAGGUAUUUCGAAAGACAGGACAGACAACGAGUGGCAGUGGGUUUCCGACUCUGAUGAUGAAUGGGUAUAG